AUGGUUCGUAGGCUGGAAGCGUUUGCCCACGACCAUGACGACGAUAGUCUCAGCGACGAAAUCGACGAUGUGUCUUUAGAAUAUGCCGAGCCCAAGCACGUGGCAAAAAAACCGCGUCCGCAAGACGACCCGUGGGUGGUGAAGUACCAGCCUCAGACUGUGCUGAAGGUGAGCAUAAACCCAAAAAAGGCGAGGGAGGUGCGGGACAUUUUCGUGCCGAUGGCCGAAAACCAAUCCCAGUGCCGGCUUCUCAUCCUUUCUGGCCCCUCGGGAUCGUCCAAGUCGACCUUGGCAAAAUGCUUGGCACAAGAAACGCUUGGGAAAACCGUGCCCUAUUCGCUGGGUCACGUGGAGUAUCUCGACUCUUCUUUGGACAACGUGAGCCAGGCUCACCACUUCCAGGAAUUCAUGGACGGGUGCCGGUAUCUUGUAGGGCGGAACCGGUGUGCCGUUUUGAUCGAGGACCUUCCCAACGUCUUCCAUGAGGAAACUCUAACCUCGCUCCGUCAUUGCUUGCGGGACUGGAUUUACACCGAUCCCAACACCGAGCUUCCGCCCGUGGUCUUGUGCUUGACAGAAGUGGAGAUCAUUGGCGACCACGGCCAGCGUGGAUUCUACAAUAUAGAUAACUGUUUGACCGUGGAAACGGUCUUGGGACGCGAUCUCUUGAACUCGGGCCUUGCGUCCGGACUCAUUCGCCGGGUCAAGUUUUUGCCGGUGGCGAAAACAUACAUCAAGAAACUGCUUCAGGGCAUCUUGGCGUCAGAGCGCAUUCUUGCUGGCAAGAUGAAACACGCAAGUGACGCCCUCACCGUGCUCUAUGAAUCCGGCGAUAUCAGGUCGCUGAUCAGUAAUCUCGAGUUCAUGAGCCGAAGCAGCCACGGAUUCCAGGUCAGCGAGCUCAUGCGGGAGUCUCAGAUCACGCUUUUUCACGCCGUGGGCAAGGUGAUCCACUCGAGCUCCAAAACACGCGGCGAGACUUCCAACGGCGAAUAUUCACUGGACUACGAGUCGGUGAAGAACGUGGUGGACAACUACCACAACUUGGGCCUCCUCCACUUGGCACUUUUGGAAAACUACCCCAUCUACAACGGCCUGGAGUUUGGCCUCCUGCUCGCCGCUAAUAUCGUGGACAGUCUCAGCUUGAACGACACCUUCAGCAGCCCUGAGGCGGCGCAUGAUUUUGCCAUCCGUGCCACGCGGAAUGAGCUUGGCAAGGUGCCGGUGAAAUCGAGCCGGACGCUCCCAAUGAAGUUCCCCCGCCACUUCAAGCUGGUCAAGGAGGAGAACAAAGUGCGGCGAGAGAUCGGCAACUACGUGCGGUAUUUGGGUGGCUGCUCGAUGCUGUUUUCCGACGUGAACUUGAUCGAUGGGCACUUCUUGCCCCAGAUCAAGAACUCUGCCAAGUUUCGCAGGACGCAUGGCCCAAAGCCCUUCCUCUACAACCGCAUUGGCGGCAGCUUUCGGAAGAUCUAUGCCGAUGAGGAUAUGCCAAUUAUGGAGAACGAAUUUGAGCUGUGCACUGGUGUCAGGGACCAGUUUCUGGAGGACAUCUAUGCCACCAUCCAGCAGCAGGAAGAUAUACAGAACCAGUCGGGAAUGGACGGGGAAUCGGACGCCAUCGAGGACUCUGCCUCGGACGGAGACACGGACGAUGAUCUUGAUGAUGCUUUGGACGAGCAUAUAUUGCAGAUGGCCACGCAAAGCAUGCAGAUUGCCACCCAGAACACGCAGAGGCCCAAGAACCCCGAGAGCGACGACGAUUUUCUGGAUGAUCCCGAACUCGCGAUCCUUGUAUCGCAAGGCAAGUUAUAA